AUGCAAAAAUUUAUAGGAAAAUGUAUGAAGAUGAGAUACUAUAAAUUGAACUGGAUAGUUGCAUAUCACCAUCAUUUCCGAAUUGAAGCUUUCGAGAAACAAUCAAAUAUGAAGUCUACUUUGAUAUUUACUCUACUUGUUACAAGUUGUGUUUUAUUAUUCAUUGAACAAGUAUCCUGUCAUGAACAUGAAGACCAUAAGGAUAAAUUGGAUGGAAUUGGCAAGCAAAAGAGAGAAAUUUCCGAUUUAAAAGAUGCAGCUAGUUCAAGCUCAAGUUCAAGUGAAGAGUCUAAGGAAUCUAGAAGAAAACGUAAUGCUGAAGAUUUAAUGAAUAAGGCAAAAGAUAAAUUUGAGGGCAAGUCUGAGGACGAAAAAUCAGAAAAGACAAAACGUGGUGCUGAAGAUAUGUUCAAUAAAGUUAAAGAAAAAUUCAGUGGCAAGUCUGAGGACGAAAAAUCAGAAAAGACAAAACGUAAUGCUGAAGACUUAAUGAAUAAGGCAAAAGAUAAGUUUGGUGGCAAGUCUGAGGACGAAAAAUCAGAAAAGACAAAACGUAAUGCUGAAGACUUAAUGAAUAAGGCAAAAGAUAAAUUUGAGGGCAAGUCUGAGGACGAAAAAUCAGAAAAGACAAAACGUGGUGCUGAAGAUAUGUUCAAUAAAGUUAAAGAAAAAUUCAGUGGCAAGUCUGGGGACGAAAAAUCAGAAAAGACAAAACGUAAUGCUGAAGACUUAAUGAAUAAGGCAAAAGAUAAGUUUGUUGGCAAGUCUGACGACGAAAAAUCGGAAAAGACCAAGCGAGGUGCUGAAGAUAUGUUCAAUAAAGUCAAAGAAAAGUUUAGUGGCGAUAAAUCAAGUUCAAGCGAGGAAUCUAAGGAAACAAGGAGAAAACGUGGGACUGAAGAUGUAAAAGAAAGUUUUGAAGGUGGAGCCAAAAAAUUAAUGGAUGGUUUUAAAGAUACAAUUGGGGUAUUCCAAGGAUUUUUGGGUGGUAAAAAAGAAAGAAAGAGGCGAGAUCUUCCAAAAAUAGAUACUGCUAAUGAAGAAAACGACGAAGAACAAUCAAGGGAAACAACUAAAACAAAACGUCAAGCCGAAGAAAUCGAAGAUGCUGAAGAAGGGGGUAAAAAAGGCAAAAACAAGGGAAAAGGUAAAGGUAAAAAAGGAGGCAAAGGAAAAGGUAAAAAGGGAGGAAACAAAGAUGCAGAAGAAACAGCUCCAGCUGAUCGUAAAAAGCGCAGCAUUUCUGAAAAAGAUUUAUCAAGCCAGCCUUCAGAUCAAUCGGCAGCACGCAAAAAAAGAUUGGUGCAUUAUGAUGUACGAGAAGCAUAUCAAACUGUUUACACGUUUGCAUAAAUUGUGAAAAUCAUAACGAAGACUUACUGCGGCAGAAAACCUGACAAAUGGAUGAAAACUUUAGUUUUAGAUCUAAUUUUCAUGUUAAUAUUUUCUCGUGCUUUCUGUAUUGUUCUGUUCCAAUAAAUUAUAUUAAGUUUUGCAAGC